AUGUUGAGUUUCGUUCCAAGUAAAUUGCAUUUGCGGCAUUCGUUGUUUUACUUAUUUCAUCAAAAGAAAAAAGCAGCUGAAGCUCAUCGGUUGCUGGUAGAAACUUAUGGUGAACAUGCUCCAGUGAUUAAACAAGUGAGACAUGGUUUCGUCAAUUUAAAAAUGGAAAUUUUGACAAUGAACAUCCUGGUAAAGCGAAAAAGUUCGAAGACGAGGAAUUGCAGGCCUUAUUGGAUGAAGACCCAACCCAAUCACAACAAUAAUUGGCAUAAACACUAA